UUUUAUUUUUAAAAGUCCUGUGAGAACUUGAGAAGACGGGGCUUAUGGACUGUAUAGUAACUGAAGAGUUAUUAUUCAAAGAGUCAGCAAACAAAGGCCACUAAAAGAGAUAGCUUUGCUUAUCAUUUCUUUGAACUGCGGUUGCUAAACUCCCUUUUUUGGUGACAGCAAAUCUGUAAGUUGCAGGAAGUACGAGGGUGCCUUGAAGGCAGCACGAGUCCACAUAAUACUGCUCUUCAGCUGCAGGAACAGCGGGCUAGCAUGCAGAGCCCUUCCGGAGGCGGAUAAUCCUCAUCUCUACACGAAGUACUAAUGCAAUCAGGAAGGAAUUGCUAUUACUGACCUGAAGGGAAACACGUUUUGGAAGCAAAUCGCAAGUAACGACCAAGUAGUCCACAAUUAGGAAAAUCUUGGACGGACAGAGAGAUGGAUAAUUGCGUCUCACAUUUUUUUGUAUUGUGUUAAUAGCAAAAUCUGACAUUGAUAAGCCGAUCUGCUCCUGUAUAAUGUGACAGCUGCUGUCGCAUUUCAUCUACUUUGGAGAAACUACGGAAAAAAAACAAUCCUGUUUGCAUUCACCCGGCAUUUCAGCACCAUGGUGACAUACAAUCUGGCAUUAACUUUUAUUAUUGCGGCACUUUGGCGGGUGAGCUGCAUGCCACAAACUCUUUCUUCAGCCACGACGCAGCUGAAUUCAACAUCAUCAUCCAUCACCAGCGAAGAUGAACUGAGAAAUAAUGUGACAGAUGCUGCCGUUGGAUCCCGCAUUUCAUCUCUAAUGACGCAUCUCCCAACUCUGAAAAACAUUGUUAUUUUCAUCUGCGUGUUAACAGCUGCUCUCAUCACAUGCCUGGUCAUCAAAGUGGUCAGAUCUGGGAGGCGAAUCAGAAAAAAAACACGGAAAUAUGACAUUAUAACAACACCUGCAGAGCGCGUGGAGAUGGCCCCGCUUAAUGAGGAGAACGAUGAUGACGAUGACUCAACUCUCUUUGAUGUCAAGUACAGGUGA